AUGUCGCGAAAAGGCCACCCUUCCCACCCAGCCCUUGUGCACUUCCCUAUCACGUUCACAGCGAUUACUGGAGGACUGGACGCGAUGUAUUGGGCCUCCAAGAUCCCAGCAACCGCAGGCAUCGUGAGCUCUGUGUUCAAGUCUCUCGACAGGAGUGUUCAGCCUAACGCCUUCCCUGUCCUUUCCUACUACAGCACGAUACUCACGAUCCUGACCACUAUACCAGCUAUCGUGACCGGCGUCAUCCAGCUCUCGCCAGUGAUUCAGCGCGAUGGAUUCCAGUCGAAGAAGGCCAAGGCCGGCGCUGUCCAUGCAAUACUCAACGACAUCGCGCUCUUCGCUACCAUCUACAACUGGUGGACCCGUAGCCAACAAAUUGGCUUCACGCCCAGCACCACGAAUGUGAUCCUCAGCUCGGCCCUGGCGCUGCCGGUGACCAUAUACAGCGCGUACUUGGGAGGCUCGCUCGUGUAUGAGUACGGCAUGGGCUUCUCAAGGAGCAGUCCCCUGAAGAAGGUGGAGUAA